GCCCCCGCAGGCUCAGCAAGCGAUGAAUCUAAUCGAGAACCAGAAGUUGCUCCCAGAGACCAUGUUGGCUCUGGUGGCUCUCUCCAGUCUCGUGAAGAGAAGCAGGAACCAGUGGUGGUUCGGCCGUACCCACAGGUUCAGAUGUUGACUCCACACCAUACCGUGCAGCCUGGUGCUCCAGUUACAGUGACAGCUCCUCCAGCACAUCUGACUCCAGCAGUGUCCCUUUCCUUUUCGGAAGGACUUAUGAAGCCUCCUCUGAAGCCCACCAUGCCCAGCCGGCCUAUUGCUCCUGCUCCACCCUCUACACUGUCAGCUCCUACUAAGGUCCCCGGGCAGGUUACUGUAACUAUGGAAAGCAGCAUCCCACAGGCCUCAGCUAUUCCUGUGGCAACAAUCAGUGGACAGCAGGGACAUCCUAGUAACUUGCACCAUAUCAUGGCAACAAAUGUUCAGAUGUCAAUCAUCCGAAGCAGUGCUCCCGGGCCACCUCUGCACAUUGGAGCAUCUCACUUGCCCCGAGGUGCGGCAGCUGCUGCAGUGAUGUCCAGCUCUAAGGUGACAACAGUCUUGAGGCCAGCUUCCCAGUUGCAAAAUGCAGCUACAGCUCAGCCAGCUGUUCAGCACAUCAUUCACCAACCAAUCCAGUCUCGUCCUCCUGUAACAACUUCAAGCACGAUCCCUCCUGCUGUAGUAGCAACAGUCUCGGCCACAAGAGCUCAGUCUCCAGUUAUUACUACAACAGCAGCACAUGCUACGGAGUCAACCCUCAGUCGGCCAACUCUGUCUAUCCAGCAACAUCCACCUUCUGCACCUAUUAGUAUUCAGCGCCCUGCACAGCCACGGGACACGGCAACUCGGAUCACCCUACCUUCUCACCCAGCUAUAGGGACACAGAAACAACAGCUCCACACUAUGGCUCAGAAAACCAUCUUUAGUACUGGUACUCCAGUGGCAGCAGCAACAGUGGCACCUAUUUUGGCAACCAAUACCAUUGCCUCAGCCACCACAGCAGGUUCUGUCUCUCACACCCAAGCACCUACAAGUACCAUUGUCACCAUGACAAUGCCCUCCCACUCUUCCCACGCCACUGCUGUAACCACAUCAAACAUCCCUGUUGCUAAGGUGGUUCCCCAGCAAAUCACACACACGUCUCCCCGGAUCCAGUCUGAUUAUACAGGAGAGAGAAGUAAUCUUAUACCCAUAUCUGGACACCGGGCAUCUCCAAACCCAGUAGCAAUGGAAACCAGAAAUGACAACAGGCAGUCGGUGCCUGUCCAGUUUCAGUACUUCUUACCAACGUAUCCACCUUCUGCUUACCCUCUGGCUGCGCACACUUACACCCCCAUCACCAGCUCUGUGUCCACCAUCCGCCAAUACCCUGUUUCAGCUCAGGCCCCCAACUCUGCCAUCACAGCUCAGACUGGUGUAGGAGUGGCUUCCACUGUGCACCUUAAUCCUAUGCAACUGAUGACUGUAGACGCAUCUCAUGCUAUCAGUGCACAGGGGAUACAGCCAGCACCUAUCAGUGCACAGGGGAUACAGCCAGCACCAAUUGGAACACAGGGACUCCACCCAGCAGCAUCUAUUGGUGCUCAAGGACUCCAGCCUACACCAAUCAGUGGUCAGCAGCCACAAACUGAAACAAAGACAUCAGCAGUAGUCUUGGCAGAUGGAGCCACCAUUGUGGCUAAUCCAAUUAGCAACACAUUCAAUUCAGCUCCAGCAGCAACAACAGUGGUGCAAACCCACAGCCAGAAUGCUAGUGCUAGUGCACCAGCCCAGGGCUCUUCCCCACGCCCAAGCAUUCUCCGGAAAAAACCAACCACAGAUGGAUUGGCAGUCCGGAAAAGUCUCAUUCCUCCUCAGCCCCCUGAAGUAGCUAGUACCCGCGUGGAGAGCGCUAUGCGGAGCACAUCUGGAUCGCCAAGACCUGCUGGUGCCAAGCCUAAGCCAGAAAUCCAUGUCUCUAUGGCCACUCCAGUCACUGUGUCUAUGGAGGCAGUGUCUAAUCAGAGUGGUGAACAACCCACCAUCGCAAUCCCACCUACCUCUCAGCAGCCUCCAUCUGCCAUUCCAACAAUUAUUGCAGCAGCCAGUCCAACUUCUCAGCCCACAGCAACCCUGUCCACCAUUCCAGGAGCAGUCGCAGCUGCUCCACCCACUUCUACCACAAUUGUGGCUGUGCCUCCACCUCCGUCAACCAUGAGUGGGGCCCUCUCCACGGUGUUGGGAUCCCCAGUACCAGAGAUAAAAAUCAAAGAAGAAGUGGAGCCUAUGGACAUAAUGCGACCAGUAUCUGCAGUUCCUCCACUGACUACAAGUACUGUGUCUCCAUCUCUUGCCUUGCUGGCCAACAACCUUUCAAUGCCCCCAGGCGACUUGCCACCUGGUGCCUCCCCAAGAAAAAAGCCUCGGAAGCAGCAGCAUGUGAUUUCUACAGAGGAAGGAGACAUGAUGGAAACAAAUAGCACUGACGAUGAGAAAUCUACUGCCAAAAGUCUUCUGGUGAAGGCAGAGAAACGCAAGUCUCCCCCUAAAGAAUAUAUAGAUGAAGAAGGUGUGAGAUAUGUCCCCGUGCGUCCAAGACCCCCUAUCACACUGCUUCGACACUAUCGCAACCCAUGGAAAGCUGCCUAUCACCACUUUCAGAGAUACAGUGACGUCAGGGUUAAAGAAGAGAAGAAAGCUAUGCUGCAGGAAAUUGCUAAUCAGAAGGGAGUGUCCUGCCGUGCACAAGGUUGGAAAGUCCAUCUCUGUGCAGCACAGUUACUGCAGUUGACUAACCUGGAGCACGAUGUGUAUGAGAGACUCACUGCCUUGCAGGAAGGGCUCAUCCCCAAAAAAAAGGCAGCAACUGAUGAUGACUUGCAUCGAAUAAACGAACUGAUACAGGGGAAUAUGCAGAGAUGUAAACUUGUGAUGGAUCAAAUCAAUGAGGCCCGAGACUCCAUGCUAAAAGUCUUGGAUCACAAGGACCGUGUUUUGAAGCUUCUAAACAAGAAUGGAACUGUCAAGAAAGUGUCCAAAUUGAAGCGAAAGGAGAAAGUCUAAAGUGCAAGUGACUUUGAAAAAAAAAAAAAAAAAAAAAAAAAAUCGAGAAUGUGUACAGAACAGAGUUCAGACUUUUUGUAGUUUGGGUUUAUUUUUAAGCAGAGCAUCUGUAUAAAAAGGAUGAGUUCUAGAGAACAGAUGGCAGCAGAUGGACGUGUGGAGCCCAGUGACCUGAAAGGAUUGUCAUUAAUCUGUCAUAAUGAACAAAGAUUUCUCUCAGGCUCAUCCCUUUUUAAACUCUUUGCAAUCCCAUUUGUUUAACCCUCCUGAUGUGUCAGUGCCUACUAAUUGGAACUAGUGAUGCGAUGUGUGGUGGACAGCACCCUCCCCCCUUCCAUUUCACAGCUUAGGGGUAACUUCAGGUUUGACCAGUGGUUCUUGUAGGAGACUCAAGAAUCUCACCAGUGUCAGCUCAGACUGACAUGAGUGUUUCAAAGCAUUGAAAAUGACACCACUUCCAAUUACCCCAUUCAGUUUGUGUUCUUCUGACCAUCCAGCGUCUGAAGUAGCUUUCUGAUAUCAGUGCCAUUGCACUAGAAGAUCUGCCACACUUAGGAUCUCCAAUGGUUUGGAAAUCCUAGCUAUCAAUUUUUUUUAAAAAAAAAGAACCAUUUCAAAGUGAUUUUGUAGUGUCUGUGCGUGUCCAUGUUGGUGCUCUGGGAUACUUGUUUUGAAGUACCUCUCUCGCAACACAGUACUUCCUGUAGCUGGUGUGAUGUUAAUUGUAUGUAUCACAUACAUCCUGAAAACAUUAAUAAAGGACUUGGAGGUUUUUGUA